CACAAACAGCUGCGAUAACAUACCAGUCUACAUGGGAACACAGCAGACGAGAGGACACUCAUUCAUUCUGAUUGAUCUGUGGGCCUGAGUGGGAAAUCUGACCUUACACACACACAAGCAUAACAGUGUGCGAGUGUGUGUGUGAGUGUGAACAAAGACAAGCCUUUUUCAUCUGAGUGCCGAGGAGUUUACAUUGACCAGUUGUUGUGAGGGGGAUCUGGCCAAUUACUUGUGCAGCACUUAAUUUCUGGAUAAACUGGGCUAAUACAGGACCUGAGGGAGUUAUUUCAAAGCAACAAGAGGCUAAAAAUUAUGGGGAACUGCCCACCCAGAUGUAGAUCCAACCUGGCAACCUUUGAGAAUACAGAGAAUCCACCUCAACCUCCAGUACCAAACAGCCAGAUGAACAUGGUUGUUUCCCUCUAUGACUACCCCACCUACGGCCUUGCAGAGCUCACCAUGCACAUCGGGGAAAGGCUCACCAUCGUGUCAGACGAUGGUGAUUUUUUGAUGGUGAAAUCCGAAAACACAGGGCUUGAGAGUUACAUCCCGACCAACUAUACUGCCAAGGUGUCACACAGGUGGCUGUUUACAGGCAUCAGCCGGUACAAAGCAGUGGAGCUGCUCUUGCUGCCCCAUAACCAGACAGGAGCCUUCAUGGUCAGACAGUCACAGUCAAACAAAGAUUGCUACUCCCUCUCCAUCCUGAGGAGAGCCAACUCUUCAUACCUGGACUCUGUGAAGCACUACCGCAUCUAUUCCCUCCAAAAUGGCUGGUUCUACAUUUCCCCAAACCUCACCUUCCCCUCCCUGCAUCACCUGGUGGAACACUAUUCUGAGUCAGCUGAUGGACUGUGCUCUGUGCUGAGGGAGCCUUGCCACAUCCGGGGCUCAGGCAACACUACAGAGAUGACGAGGCCGGUGCCCAUAGCUAUCAGGAGGCCCACCCUCAACUGGAAGGACGUUACCAGCUCAAUGAUCUUCAAGAGGAACAGAACAGAGUCAGAGCACUCCCUGGUGAGCGAAGGUCUGAGGGAGGCUAUCAGCUCAUACCUCUACAUGACAGAGGCCAAUGGGAACAAAAGUGACUUCAGCUGGGACACCUGAGG